AUGCCUCUGCUGAAGGAUCUCAACACCGAGAACAUCACCGAGAACACGAUUCUCACCAACUCAUCUUGUGAAGACCUUCGUAUGAAAUAUUUGAUGGAGCGCCUCGUGUCUCAUCUUCACGACUUUGCAAGGGAGACAAGGUUAAGUACAAGAGAGUGGAUGAGCGGUAUACAAUUUCUCACCGUGGUGGGUCAGACUUGUGAUGAGGUUCGCCAGGAAUUUAUAUUGCUCUCUGAUAUUCUCGGGCUGUCCCUCCUUAUUGAUGCAAUAGACCAUCCCAAGCCACCACACGCCACCGAAGGAACCGUGCUGGGUCCUUUUCACACCCAUGAGGCUGAAGAGAUGUCACAUGGCGACAAGAUGUCGUCGGAUCCAGAUGGCGAACCACUACUCGUUCUUUGUACGCUAAAAGACUCUGCAGGCCGACCAAUCGAGGGCUGUAAGAUUGAUAUCUGGGAGACCGAUUCAACAGGGCGCUAUGAUGUGCAACAUGCUGACCGCAAGGGCCCUGACGGAAGGUGUGUCAUGUAUAGCGACAAAGACGGCAUAUUCUGGUUCAAAGCCAUCAAACCCAUCUCAUAUCCGAUUCCUCAUGAUGGGCCUGUGGGAAAAUUGUUAAAAGCGCUGCGCCGACAUCCUUAUAGACCAAGUCAUAUGCACUUUAUGUUUGAGAAACCGGGAUAUGAUAAUCUGAUCACCGCACUCUAUGCUCGAGGAGAUCCAUACGAAACAUCUGAUGCUGUGUUCGGCGUCAAGGAUAGCCUUGUGGUCGACUAUACCCAAACUGAUCGAGAGAUCGCCGAAAAAUAUGACGUCGAAGAAGGUACUCUGUUGAUGACAUAUGACUUUGUGCUUGUCUCGGACGAGGAAGCCAGCGACCUCCGAGAGCAGAAGUCAAGAAAAGCUUUGGAGGCCUUGGGUCGAAAAGUCAAAUUUUUAGAGGGUCUUCCAGUACCAGACGUUGAUUGA